CAUCAGGAGUAAUUAUAACGUAAUUAAUGAUAUUUAGUGGCAAGAUAACAACUGCAAAUAAUAAAAUUAAAAAACAAAGCAAAAGAUUAAUUAGAAACUAAGACAUUUGCGUCAAGUUGCUUCAUUCCAUCACACUGUUUACAAUGUGAUCAGCUGUUUUAAAUCACCUGACUUGAUGUUCAUUUGGUUGUUUUUACCAAACUGAUUUUAAGAGUUUGAUACAAAUUCUGUUUUUUAAUCAACAUGUCAGCCUCAGUUGGAAAUUUUGAUCAAACGGUUACAAUUAUGCCUAAUGCUAUUGUUUGCCGGGAACAAACUACAAUCAAAGGAGAUGUCGUUAUUGGUAGUCGAACGAUAAUCCAGCCUACAGUUACAAUCAUAGCCGAAAAGGGUCCAAUUAUAAUUGGUGAAUCCAAUUUAAUCGAGGAAUAUGUUACCAUUAUCAAUAAAACGGAUCAACCUAUGGUUAUUGGUAAUAAUAAUGUUUUCGAGGUUGGCUCACAUUCGGAAUCACUUGAAAUCCAGGACAAUAACGUAUUAGAGUAUAAAUGUCGUAUAGGCCCAAAAGUCAAGUUAACUAAUGGCUGUGUAAUUGGUACUAUGUGCGAUUUCAAUGAUGACCUAACGUUACCAGAAAAUACAGUUGUGUACGGACCUGAUUGUAAAAUGAGGAAACAAUUGGAAAGACCAGCAUUGCAAACAUUUCAACUCGAUUUCCUUAGUAAGAUUAUGCCCAAUUACCAGCGAAUCGAAAAGCCUCGAAAAGGAGUGAAAAAUGACGAAAAAUGACGUUCUCAGCACAAUCAAAAUUACCGCGUUUUCAACAGACAUGAUUGUUUCCAUAAAAGAGCAAUACAUCACAUCACUUUGUUUUUUUCAGUUUAUUUAUCUACAAGUUUUCAAUAAAAAAUUAAGUAAAUGAAA